UUGUAAAAAAAAAAAAUUAAAAAAAAAAAGGGGGGGGAAUUGAUGGCUACUGUGUGCACAUUUGAACUGUAAUAUACUGCAUUUCAAUAUUUUUUAGGAUCUCUGUUGCAUAGUGUCCUCAUCUUUUCUCUUUCUCAUCCCACUAUUGUAAUCCUAACUUCCAUCUUAUUUCAGCUCUUCAGUGAUGCCAUGAGGUUGAUCCUUGUUAAACCCACCAAUGCCACUCGACGUCUUGACUCAACAGGUGAAGUCUUCCAUGACGGAGAGAAUGAGCAUUGUACCUCAGGAGGUCCAUCAGGUCCAACAAAAACUCCUGAGGGACUGCAUGAUCGGUACUCAGGUGCCUCUUUGGAAUCGUCUUCUUCUCCACAGGAGACGAGUCUGUGCCGUGUUUCGUCUUCACCCUGCGAAAGAUCCAAUGGAAUCAGUCCAACAAGGGUUCCAGCUCAGAAGUCUCCGGUGAAAACCCGAAACUUAACCUUAUCGCAGCUGAGUGAUCAGGACUGGCUGCUGCUGUGUGGCCAGGUUAGCAGUGUUGGAGAUGGCUCAACAUCAGCAGAGAGAGCAGGGACCAGUGUAGGACAUCCAAACCACAAUGACAGAUGUGGUUGUUCUUGUCCUGGUGCACACCAACAACACUUAGAGGCUUCCAGUUUUCAUCUGCCAUCAAAUCAGGGAACAAUCCAAGACUGCUACUCCAGGGUUUCAAACAAGAAAAGCCUUUCAACUUCACCACAAACCCAACAUUUCUCUCAAAGCACCCCAAACCGGACCUCUUGGCAGGUUAUUCCACUGCCAACACACCAAAGGGAUCUUCAGGAUAAUUUCAUGCUUCAAUGCAGUGACCCAGAAGGUCAAAAAGAUUCUUUGCAGCAACAGCCUUGCAAUCAUUUAAAACUUAAAGACAACGGCCAAGCAGUGCAUCCAAAUGUAUUCAACAUUCCUUUGAACUCCUUUGAGUGUGCUGAGGCAAAUCCGAAACCACCUCACCAGCAUUCUCAGUCUGCUGUUGCUGCGGAGCUCAACUGGAGGGAGAUUUUUGGUAAAGAGCCAUUGUUAGUUCAGCAAUGUCAGAAGCAAGAUUCUCAAUGCGGGACAAGUGGCGAUAAAACCUGCAAGUCAUCACGAGAGCCCUCGAUCAUCCUCAAGUGCCGACACCUCCCUUACAAUCCUUUGACUAGCACCCCGCGGAUGAAGAGGUUGUCUACUCCGGCAAGUAACAAGAGUCUGCAGUCCUUCUCGGCAAGUCAGUUUAGUUCACCGAACCAGAAUUUAGUGGCGGAGAGAGCUAGACAGAUGACCUCUCAGCACCACAUUGGAUCAAAACCAUCCCUCCCUAAACACACAUCUCCACCUUCUGACACCUUUGACACAAGUGACCUAGUCAACGGGGAUGCAGUGCAUCCGCUGAGCAGCCAUGGCACUUUGAGAUCCAGUCUUUCAGAACUCAACUCUGGCCAGCAGCCUCUUCAGCUUCUUCACAGCACCAUCCUGGAGGACGCCUUUUCCAAAGUCAUCAGAGAAGAUUCCAGUAAGGCCAACAGUGAGAACCUGACCAGGGAAGAAGGCAACGUACCGCAGAAGAAGACCAAGGACAUUAGCUACCGGCUGGGUCAGAGAAGGGCUCUCUUUGGGAAGCGCAAACAGUUAAGCGACUACGCCUUGGUCUGUGGGAUGUUUGGCAUCAUUGUCAUGGUGAUUGAGACAGAGCUUUCAAGAGGAUUUUACAGCAAGGAAUCCAUAUAUUCCUACAUACUGAAAGGCCUGAUCAGCCUCUCUACUGCUUUUCUUCUUGGACUCAUCGUGAUGUACCAUGCAAGGGAAAUCCAGCUCUUCAUGGUAGACAAUGGAGCUGAUGAUUGGAGGAUAGCGAUGACCAUUGAGCGGGUUCUGUUUGUUGUGUUGGAGCUCCUCGUCUGUGCUAUCCAUCCAAUCCCAGGUCAAUAUGUGUUCACCUGGACCACCAGGCUGGCCUUCAGCUACACAGCAUCAGUAGCGGACGCUGAUGUUGACAUCAUCCUCUCUGUUCCCAUGUUCCUGCGCCUCUACUUGAUUGGCCGGGUCAUGCUACUUCACAGCAAGCUGUUCACGGACGCUUCCUCCCGCAGCAUUGGGGCGCUUAACAAGAUCAGCUUUGACACUCGUUUUGUCAUGAAGACUCUGAUGACCAUCUGCCCUGGAACAGUCCUGCUGGUCUUCAGUGUGACCUGUUGGAUCAUUGCAGCGUGGACCGUGCGUGUCUGUGAAAGGUAUCACGAUGCACAGGAAGUGACCAGUACUUUUCUUGGAGCCAUGUGGUUGAUAUCCAUCACCUUCCUAUCUAUUGGCUAUGGCGACAUGGUCCCUCACACAUACUGUGGGAAAGGCGUUUGCUUACUGACAGGAAUCAUGGGAGCAGGCUGUACAGCCUUAGUGGUCGCUGUUGUUGCAAGAAAGUCAGAACUCACCAGAGCCGAGAAGCACGUCCAUAACUUCAUGAUGGAUACUCAGCUCUACAAAAAGAUAAAAAACACAGCAGCCAAUGUGCUGAGGGAGACGUGGCUCAUCUACAAAAACACAAAGCUGGUCAAAAAGAUCGACCAUGCCAGAGUGCGCCACCAUCAACGCAAAUUUCUUCAAGCCAUUCACCAACUGCGAACAGUCAAAAUGGAGCAACGGAAGCUGACUGAUCAGGCCAAUACAGUCGGUGACAUUGCUAAGACUCAGAACAUGAUGUAUGAUCUUGUGUUAGAUCUGCAGCACAGAAGCGAGGAGCUUGACAGGAGGAUUGUAGUUCUUGAAGACAAACUAGACUCCAUCCUUCUCAGUGUGCAAUCGCUGCCUGCCGUGCUCUCUCAAGCAAUAACAAAGCUACAAAAGGAUUUCCUGGACGACCUGGCCUGUCGUGUCCACUUCCUAUCUUCCUCCCUGAGCUCUGAGUGCUGCCCGGUCCCUGCCAGGCAGCUCUGUCCUGGACCCACCACACCAGAGACACCAUACAGCUCCUAACCACACUCAGAGCUUUUCUCUUAGUUUAUUUUUUUUUUA